AAAUACACCAAAGACAAAAUUCUCAAAUUCACAAUGAUAAAUGCAAGCUUCGAUGCCAUGGACACACCAGGCAAGAAGAGAAAGCGAGAAAAUUUUCAAAAAUUUGUCAGUUCAACGCCAAUAAAAAUGAACAACAACAACAAUAACAAUAACAACCACAACAACAAGGAGAAUUUCCACUUUUCUGAGUCAUGCAUGGAAGUGAAAUCAAUUGCUGAAAUCGUAGCCGAAAGGAAAGCAUUACAAAUACCAGCAACUGAAUACGAAGUCAUUCGAAAGCCACCAAAGAAGAAGAAAAAGGCAGUCGUAGAAGAAUGUUGUUUCGUAAAUCCAGGAUUAGACUUGAAAGUUGAUGAAAAAGUCAUAAAUCCAUUUGAGGUCGUACGUGAUGAUGAUACAGAAGCGAAAUUGCUUGCUAUGGGUGUAAGUAAUCCAGCACUUGACAUUAAAAAUGAGCAACCGUUAAAGGCGAGUACAGAAGUUUCCACAAAUCCUUUUGAAGUUAAACGUGACGAGGAUGAGGCACCGAAAAAUGUCUGUGGAAUUGAAAACUCUGCAUUGGAUUUAAAUAAUCCAGUCAGAACAGCUCUUGUAUUACCAUUGCCAUUCACACCGACUGUCAAUCAUCGCAUUGAUUUUUCGAGCAUGCCCGAACAUUUAACACCGAGUUCAUUGCUGUCUACAAAGUUGGUAUUGGAUGAAAAUAAUGAGGCUAAGAUAACUCCAAUUGGGACACCGAAAAAGAAUACAACAGUAACAAUUGCUGGACGAUCAUUGUCAGUUAUUAGUGAAGAGGAAAUUGAUAUUGGAGAGGAACUGGAUAAUUAUCAGUUGCAGCUGGAAAAUUCAAUCAACGAAGCUAAAAUUCAGAAUAAACAAUAUGAAUUUGAUAAUAAAAGUCAAGCAGAUGCUGAGGAAGUCAGCCAACAAAUCAACAGUGAAACUUUUACCAAAGAAAUUUUAAAAACAGUCGACGAAGCUACCAAAAAUAUUGCAUCCUUGUCAGGAUUGAAAGAAAGUGACGUUGACGAUGAAAACUAUUACAAUGAUGACAUCAAUGACGAUGUUCAAUUUGAAGAAGUCGACUCAUUUGAGGAUGUUGGAAAACUAGGUCAAUUUAAGCGCGCAUACCGAACAGAUGCACCAGCAUCAAUAGAAUUCAAAAAGCCAACACUCGAACCAGUUAAAAAAUCUUCAAAACUUGGCGGUUCCAUCCGCAGAAGCAUCAGAAAAUUAAUGCAUCCAAAGUCAAAAGACGAGAAUGAAAAAUCAUCAGAAAAUACAGAACCAAAGCAUGAAGGAAUAUUUCAAACAAUUCGACAUAGUCUGAGACGUAAACAGAAACCAAAGGAAGAAGUUGUUGUUAGUCUUGAAACCACAAUGGUCGGUAGACAAGUAUUUAAGGAGACAUCAAACAAUGAACCAAAGCGUACGCUUGAAAAAGCUACUUUAAAGAGAAAUUUAGUUAAGUCUGUAAAAACUUUCAUGGAAAGUGUUGAGGAGUUUGAUCAUUUUUAAGAUUAAUUUUGAUUAUUAGAAUUUAAGGUUAUGGAAGCACUUUGUUCUGUAAUGUUUUUGGGUAUUAAAAGUUGUCUGAAUGCCUU